CCCCUCUUCGCUCGCUGACGUCACGCGCCUGCCUUGGCUUAUUAUUGCAUGAACUAUUUUCUGUAGUAGCAGCACCAGUGAGCUUUUCCAGUGCCCGCCGCUUAACGUGGAGACAAAUACGAGGGAGAGAGGGAAAGAGGAGGGGUGAGGGACAAAUUAAUCUUGGGCCACAGUGGUGGCACAACGCGAGACAGUAAAGCGUUGCAGCGAAGGUUUUAUUUGGCUCGUUCGCUUCAAACGGGCGCCAGAGACGGAAUGGAUCUACCUGCCGUCGGGGAGCAUGUCUUUGCGGUGGAGGGCAUAGAAAAGAAGCGCCUGCGGAAGGGCAGAAUCGAGUAUCUGGUGAAGUGGCGAGGAUGGUCAGCAAAAUAUAACACAUGGGAACCCGAAGAAAACAUUCUUGACCCGCGCCUUCUUGUGGCUUUCCAAAACAGAGAAAGGCAGGAGCAAAUGGUGGGAUAUCGCAAAAGAGGGCCUAAACCCAAACACCCCCUUGUCCAGCUUCCUGCGUUUGCUCGUAGAUCAAGCAUCCUGGGUGGUCUUCAGGACACAUCAUUGGAUGAGGAAAACCAGCCCAAAGUGGAGCCCCUCCAGAUCCACCGCUCACGGCCGCAGCACUACCAGCUGAAUAGCAAAAAACACCACCAGUACCAACCCAGCUGCAAGGAGAUCUCCGUCGAACAACAUGUGAGUGGGAAAAAGAAGCACUUCUACCAGCUGAACAGCAAGAAACAUCAUCACUACCAGCCGGACCCCAAGAUGUACGACACGCCACUCACGGGACCCAAAGAGGUCAAGGUUCAAGACCCUUCCAACAAAGGGUGGAACCUCCCUCCAGCCUUGCAACAGAAGUGGAUCCGGAACAAAGACACCGGCUGCCUGAGUAAAGUGAAAGAUCUGUCUAUCGAGCUCAAGGGCCUGCCGGAUAACGCUAACAAAGCGGAGCGGGCACUCAAGACGAGUGCCAAAGAGUUUGCACUUCCUAAUGGCAUCAGCAGUAAGAUGAAAAUAAUCAAGAACAAAAACAAAAACGGACGGAUUGUCAUUGUAAUGAGCAAAUACAUGGACAAAGGUGUGCAUUCAUCCAAAGUAAAAAACAAGGAUGUUUCUGAAGUGGAAACCAGGCACAAUGAGGAAUCUACACUGAAUAGUACAGACAAUCUGUCUGAUGGUGAACCUUCAGAGCGCCAUGAGAAUGGCUCUGUCGAGUCCCUCAAAAAUGUUGAACUUCCAAAAAAUACGCCUACAGAGCCUGAACAAAAAGUGAUGGAUGUAUGCGACCAACCAAACCACAUGAACACCAGACUCCACCGCAAGAGGAACCUUUCAGAACCCAGUGAGGACGUGAGAAUCUCUAAGCAGUUCUUCAGCUCCAGGAGCAUCAGUGCACCAAACACCGUGCUUUCUUCUCCACAGAGAGAGCCUAUGAACCUGCAUUACAGGGGCAGUCUAGUCAACAGAGCCUACAGUUAUGACUUUAGCGACACCAUUCCCGAAGAGCCUAUUGAUUUAAGCUGUGGUCCAACCAAAACACUUAAACAGUUUCCCACAGCGGAGAAGGUUUCAGGAAGCUCAGCGCAAGUGGAGAAAACAAAAAGCCAUUUUGAACAGUUUGUUGGUAACGUUAUCAUCACCGAUAUCACUACGAACUGCUUAACCGUCACCUUUAAGGAAUAUGUUCAAGGAUAAUGACUACAGUACAUUGGACUGUCGUUUGCUCUUUCAAACCAGCUUAAAGUUGAUUCAUGUCAGAUGCACUGAUCAUAGCCAUUCCUGAAAACAUAUGUAGGCAUUUAUGCAAAUGUCCGCUGUAUGUUUUCUAAUGCAUAAAACGGAUGAAAUCGAACUUAAAACCCCAUAAGUGUAUAUUGUGUAAUAUAGUUUAUAAAGCUUUUGAAUUUUAAUGCUACCUAAGGAAAUAUAGCGGCCUGUUGGAGAAAGCACACUGGUGGAACUGAAGAAUUCAUUAAAGAUUGAUGUUUAAUGCACUUACUCAUACCUUUCACUGUUCAUCUAUAUCAUGGACCACGUUGAAUUUUUCUUUCAAUUUUGGGGAUUUUUAGAUUGAGAUCCAUAAAUGUCAAGUUGAUUGGAAAGGUGUCAUCAUACAUGUAUACGAAUGUACCUUCAAAAAGUAUUUUUUCAUAUUUUGUUUUGCUGAAAUAUUUUACUUGACGGAUUUCCAGAUGCUGUUGGACAGUGCUAGAUAAACAGCUGAAUUGUUUGCCGUUCCAUUUCUGUAAGAAAUUUAAGUUGCACUUUAUCAUCUCCUGGAUCCCUUUUGUUAAUAAAUUCAGUUUAAAAAAGCUGUUUAACCUUGCAGCAUAAUUCUGUAACAGCAGUAUGACUGUGGUCAGAGAUCAUCAGAACAUGCAAAUUGUUACAUAUGGCCAGAAAUGUAAGAUUGAUGCUUACAGUGUAAUGCUAGAGAUUUUGUAUGUAUCAGAAUUCAGUCAAUGCAAUGUACUGUAGGUACACAAUGAGAUGUACAGUAUGUAAUGUAUGAAUUACACAAAAAGGCCAUUUAUAUGCAUAAUGCCAUGUUUUAUGCAUAGCAAACUUUGAAUUGUCAGUUUGAAAAUGCUUCUCAAAUCAAUAUUAAACUUGAAUAAUAAA